GUUUGUUCGACAAGUUUUCUUAUAAUAGCAUUUUCUGUAAUUUUGCUGGAGACAUACAUACGCUAUCUUCACUUGUGAAAAGAAUCAAAUGUCUUAUAGAUGGGUUAUUCGCAUUAAUGAUACAAUAAAAAAGAACUCUAACAUAUCAAAAUAUAAUUUGGAUCACAAAUUUCUGCCCAAGAAAGCAGUCAGUGUACGUUGGUCAAACAGACUGAGGUUGCAUUGAACGAAUCUACCAACCCUAGAUUACAACCACACACGAGCUACCUGAUAAGAACGAAUCGAAUACCUAUCGACCUAUCGUUUUAAUUGCAUUGUUGUAUUACCGAAAUGGACGUUCCCUAUCAGUUGUGUCCACAAGUGCCGAUCAGUUGAUCGUACACUAUGCUACAGAACGUGAGCACCUCGCUGGCCGGUUUCGUCCGCGCAAACAAUGGCCUACGGUAUAUGAGUGAUCGUAAUUGCAUCCUGCGCCGGGAAGAGCAACUGUUGUCCAAAAGGGGCAAAGUGAAAUUGAUCUCCGGCGGUGGAAGUGGUCACGAGCCCGCCCACAAUGGCUACGUCGGCAAGGGUAUGCUGGAUGCGGCCGUCUGCGGCGAUGUAUUCUGUUCCCCAUCGGCCACAUCGAUCGUCGAUUGUCUGCGAAUGGUGGCCGGUCCGGAUGAAAGCGUGCUGUUCAUCGUUAACAACUACACCGGUGAUCGGUUGAACUUCGGGUUGGCGGUGGAACGAGCUCGAUCGCAGUACGGGUACAAACAUUUGGAGAUAUUGCUCAAUGACGAUGACUGUUCUAUUAUGGAAUCGAUGGCGAGAAAGUCUGUAGGAAAACGAGGACUAGCUGGGUGCGUUUUGCUGAUAAAAAUGUUAGGAGCGAUGGCUGAGCUGGGUUAUUCGAUGGAAGAAAUAGUUCACUUUGGAAAGGGGUUGCUACAGAAAGGGUACAUUGCAACUUUUGGGUUCACUUUUGAUGUGAUCGAUGGAAAGCUGCAAAACGUUGAACUUGGAAAGGGCCUUCAUGGUGAACCAGGAGUAUACAAGAUGGAUCACUGCAAUGGGUUUGAAUCAAUUAUUUAUUUCGCCUUGGAUAGGAUAGCUGCAAAAAUUGCCCCUUACAGCGAUAAUGAUGUAGUUGUUCUCGUUAACAAUCUUGGAGGUACUUCGGAAUUAAUGUUGGGCGUAUUCAUGAGCAACCUAUUGCCCAUGUUGGCGAAUGACUACAAUGUGAAACGUGUCUACGUAGGAAACUAUUUCACUUCCUUGAGCCAAUCCGGUCUAUCAGUAACUCUUUUGAACCUCAAGUACUCCGAUAAAGUACUGCAGUACCUGGACUUCAAGGUGCAAAUAGCAUCAACGUUGUUUGGAGGCCAACCCUCGUAUGGUCUUCCCCCUUCAGAAGUGUUCAACUUCGAAGAUCGCAAAGAGUAUCAAACGAACGGAAAUGAUUGUGAGUUUAAAUUAUGCUUUGAGGAGUCAAGUCGGACCACGAUCAGGCAUGUAUUGAAGAACAUCGGAUGCACGCUGCUGGAAAAUCGCGAUUUGCUGAAUACCUACGACAGGGAAUGUGGAGACGGGGACACGGGAACUACCAUUGCCAACGGAGCAACCGCUUUGCUUGCCAGUCUCGAAUCGACCCUGGAUGUUUUACAUCCAGCAAAAAUGCUCCAACAAUUGAGCCAGAUUAUGCAACUGACUAUUGGCGGUACUUCUGGAGCGAUCUACGGCCUGUUCCUGCAUGCCGCUUCCAUUGCAUUUGAAGAGGCAGACAACGAUUCCAAGAUUGCCGUCAACCAUUGGCUGAGUGCAUUGACGAGCGGCAACAAAGCAAUCAUGCAGUAUGCUCUAACUGAGCUAGGGGAUCGUACCAUGCUGGAUGUCCUGAAGCGCGGAGAAGACGAACUUCUCAAUGCAAUUCUGCAUAACUUACCGACGCUACGGUGUGUCGAAAUCUUUGCCUGGGCAUGCGAAAAGGAAGCUACAAACACUCGCAAAAUGGUUCCAAAAUCUGGUAGAGCUGCCUAUUGUGCAGCCCAGUCAGGAAGGGCAGACUUCGAGCAUCCAGACCCUGGGGCUUAUGCUGUUGCGUUGUGGGCUCGAGCGUUAUGCGUGGGCUAUAAAAAGAGUUGUGCGGAGUAGACCAAAAUUAUCAUUUUAUAUUUGCAUGUGUUGCCAAGUAUGAAUAAAAAGUUUUAAUUUUAAUCUUACAAUUAUUUUAAUUAGAAUCUAGAAAAGCAUAAAACAAUUAUUUCGCGAUAAUAUUCUAAUUGUUGAAACUUAGAUUAGACGAGUUCAUACAAUCUAGACCUCAAGACAUUCGAAAAAUACCUAAUAUUUUCAGACAACUAUACUUGGAUGACAUAUUGCUCCAUAAUCCUUGUACUUCAGAUUGAGCUACGUAAUACAAAUUGAGAGAAUGUUUAUCUGA